AUGAGAUUGUGAAUGAAUUAAAGAAUGUAGAAUAGAUAUCGGUCUUUACAAAUACUCAAAAAAGUGUUGAUGCUUUAGUAAAUUACAACCAACCAAACAGAAAUUUUAGACAUUUUAUUUACGCGUAACAAGUAUACUAUCACUGAAAUAGAGUGUAAUAAAUUAAAGUUUGUCACAAACGGGAACGCGGAGGUUGAUAAAAAAGUGUCGUGGUUUGAUGGAAGUGUUUCGUGGUUGAGAAAAACUCGCAAUCUGCAUAAUCAGCUGUCAGUGAGAUAGAUCAUCUGUCCCUGUAAAUAUUAAAUCUACACUUGUAAAGAGACGAUAACACCUAUUGUUUCGGCAUGCGUAUAGCAUGAAGUAAACAGUCACGAUACGAUGUGACCCUGAAGCCGCCAACGACGGCCACCGAGCUAGGGGCAGAUAUGGGGUAAUAACCUAACAGAGGAAGAAAACUGGUAAUGCUACGGCUGGCCUGCCCUGAGGCGACAGCCCGAAUUUUACGACCUGCUCACGAUUAAAAGCUCAACAAUGUCUGGUGACUACCCUUUCGCGACCAAACUAGUGAGUCCCGUGAAGUGCAACGAGAAACCAUGGGACUUGUGGGUGAGCGAAAUAGGACACCUGUCCCCUCGACGGGACGACGACGCCGCGCCAGGCUCAGACGUGAAAAGCUCGGCGUCGAUGAGGCGCUCGAACGACCACCAUCCCUACAAAGCGGCCGAUCGUACGCGCCAACGUCGUCCGGGCCUUAACCGUCUCAAGCAAGACACCAUGAACUUGCACGGUCUCUUUCCACAAAUGGACAAUCUCAAUGCUGCUGUGUGUCACAUGUGCGGAGUGAUAGUGAAGUGUAGUGCAGCGUAUAGACAUCUUCUCGAUUCCCACACAGGCAACGAACCUCUCCUGCCCCCGCCGCCACCUGCCCCUACAGUCAGAAGUAGAAGUAGGCAUAAAAAAGAGCCUCCACCCCCACCACCACCUGUUCCUAUAGACGUACGUCAGAUAAAAAUGGAUACAUCCCCAGUACAUUCAGCCACACCUCCGUUAUCAAGAAUAGUAAUGCCACCCCCCGAGGCUCCACCAUAUAUGGAGGAACCAAACAAUCCUGCAGUCACAGGAGAAGUGCAAGUGUGCGUAGAAGGUGGAGAAUUACCUGUUGUCAGUAUACAGGAUACUGACGAUUUGCCAUUAGGAGAAAAUAUAACGGAUGAUAUUUUUGAAAUAAUGAACUCUGAAGGUAUACAGAGUGCGGACGAUAUCACAAAUUCAACAGACUGGAAGAAUAUAAUUAGAGAUAUAGGAAACAUGCAUGAUAUAAAUUUUCCACAGGCGUCUGACCCUAUCUCAUCACAAGAAAUGUACCCGCCAAUGCACACAGCUUCGUUACCUGCAUAUGCCCUAACGGAUGCAGAUUUGUCUAAUUUGCAUUUCCCUUCUAACACGUCGCCCAUGCUGACUUCGGUUGUUGAAACGAGUACGAUGCCAGUCCUGACCCCUCCCGUUCCCCCGCCGGCGCCUUCCCCUGCGAAGUCGACUCCCAGCACACCAUCAUCCAGAUCGGGCGGCCGGAAAACUAGCAAGACGAAAUUCAGCUUACGCGAGUACGAUCCGAACAAACACUGUGGAGUCCUAAUGGUUGAAACCCUUAAACCAUGUACGAGGUCACUAACGUGUAAAGCACACGCGCUUUCACUUCGGAGGACGGUGGAGGGGCGAGCGAAACCCUUCGACACGCUGUUGGCGGAGCACCGAGCGUCUCGGGAGGCGGGGGCGGCGGCCGCUGCGGCUCCUCCGCCCCCCGCGCCGCCCCCUGUCGCCGCCGCCCCGCUGAAUAUCCCACCGCUACUAGUCAACAACACUUCACACAUAGACCUGAGCGCCUUCAACGGCUUGACCGCGGAGCAACAAGUCAAUGAUAUUUACGCAAGUCUACUCGGCGUCGAGGAGGGCGAAGCGGUGCUGCCGGACACGUCCAGUUUCACGUCGCUACUGAGCCAGCAGUUGCCGGAGCCGUUUCUGUUGCCUGAAGCCGAGCUGCAAGAGGAAGUGCCCGUCCUGAACACGGUGCAGGCCGACGAACCACCGCCGGCCGUGGUGCCGACCGACGUCUGCUGGUACUCCUCGACUCCUCGACCGCUCGCGCUGUGCACGUUCAACGCGUCGCACGCCGGUGGCGCCAUCACCUUAGGCAAAAAAUUCGCCACCGUCCGGAGCAACAUCAAGUCGUCCCUGACGCGGUCGCAGUGCAAAACCGGCGCGGCGAACAAUUAUUAUUACGGGUCGAACUCUCUGUCUCUCUCUAAGACUGUGCACAUAAACGCUGGUAAAAGCACGAAGCCGGAGGUGCGUAAGUUAAUAGUGACGUGCGGGAGUGGGGGGGGGAAGGACAAGGUGCAACAGACCCUGAGCGAGUUGUUCGGCGGACACGCGCUGAACGGACACGUGGGGAAGCGAGCCCCGCUCAAGCACAAGCGUCCCGGCGCGGUGCUGGACCUCGGCUUCUCGCUCGACGCGGCUCUUCUCGCCGACGAGAAGUGCUGAGCGCUCAACGGUUGUGUACACUCCUCAUUCUUGUAUAAUUUAUUUUGUGUAAAAUCGACGAGGACCGCCCGCCGUCGAGUGCAUUCACGAAUUUCUCCUGAACGGAAUUAAUGUUACGAUAAUGUUAAAUCUCAUUAUUAUUAUUAUUAUUUUUUUGUUUAUCGAGAAAUGAUUCGAUGUUUGUAUUGUUUUGUAUGAUGAUAUCUAUAAGAUUUUUAAAAGUCGUUCCGCGAUGCGCAUCUCAGAAGUGUUAAGAAAUAGUAAUACUAAUAAUUCAGGAUGGUUGUAUUUUUUUUUUAAAUGACUUUACCUGCAUACUCCCUGGUACUGAAUUGAAUACCGAUAAAUGGCCUAGAAUUUAAAUGAUGGUUUAAUGUGAUGAUUUCCAUGUAUAAUAUAAAUACGAUUAAAAAUAAGUAUAGCCGUAAUAGUAAAAAUCGCCUCCUUUUGAAAAUAAAGGAAAAUACCUCAAUAACUA